UGCGCGGCUGGCCUAAUAGUCCGCUCACAUCUCCUUCACAUCCUCUUAUUCGCAUAUGCUCUAGGUAUCCUCGGUACUUCUUUGCCAAUUGAUCAGUUGCUCCAGCCUUUCUUCUACCCAUCUUGCGCAAUAAUAGUCUUCCCACAUCCGUCUGUCGCGUGCAACAAGCAUCCCUUCGGACAUAAUAACGCCAGCUGCUCGACUGCUCCUGCAUACUCGGAAAGAGUCGAAACAUAUGCCGUGGCGCAUAGCCUGCGAAAUGUGUUACUUCGUACCUUGACAAUCCGCAACUUCUUCUCCUGCUAUACUUGGACAAGGCCAAUCGACCCCCAGGUCCGCUACAGAUGGCGACCUCCAACCCUUAUGGUACUGGGAAAUACAAGACCAAUGUGGGAAGAGCGAUCUCGAAGAAAUGGAAAGAUCUCCGCCAGGUGAAUUAUGAGGGCUCAGAUUGGGGAGAGGAUGAAGAAUACGAUGAGCCACAACCCGUGUCUGCGGACAAUCCUCGACAUCCUGCUUGGGGCACCCAGUCCAACGUCUAUCCAUCCAAUCGAAGCUUUACCAGCCCUUCCCCUUCUCGAGCCGACCAGAGACCGUCAUUUGAUCGCGGCGAUGAAAGAAGACAUCUCUCUUCCUCUAUUGGCUUUGAAUCGGCAUACCCCACGACCCAGCGUUCGCCUUUCCCAGAGCCUCAACACGAUGACGAAUCGUCUGCUUCAAACUAUGGGAUGCAGGCUCCUCUUCGCCUUAAUACCCAGGCACAGGCUCCUAUGCAUCCAGGUGGCUUCCGACCAGGUUCAAGAGGCAGGCAAUAUCCGGCAUAUGAAGAAGUGCCUUUCUCGGCUCCAGGAAGCUUCCCACAGCAAAACAUCUCCGGCCUCGGGGGUCGCCCUCCUUUUGGUGACGUCUAUCAGCGCCGAGAAAGUCCCAUGAGGCCGGAUAGCCGUUCUUCCAAUGCAUCUCACCGACAAUUUCCUCCGCGCAAAGCAAGCUUGAGUCAACAGUCGCCUCAGCCAGAUCUCUUGCGACGCAGCGAGUCUCCCGUGCGUUCUUCAUCCCCAGGACCUGGUAAUAGCAUUUCUAUUGAUGAUCGUCCUCCACCAGUGUUCAUUCGGCCAUCAGAUAUCUACAAGCGUAUGCCUGAGGAGAUGGAGAAAGUACGCAAGUCACAAGAGUCGUCCCGUCCAAGCGUCGAUUCGGCCACGAACCCAGCUAGAGAAGGUUCUAUUGGUGGUCGCUCGACUUCCUCAGAUCCCAAGGAACCUACGGGCCCUAUGCAGAUGACAGCGGAGGAUUCGGAUUCUACUCGUCGCCUGAAACCUACCUUGGAUACCGUGCCGGAGCGUAAGAGCGAGUACGGGUUCGACAACUUAAUCAAGAUACCAAGCGACGACAACCAACAACCGAAAGAGAUAAAGACCGAGUCUGACGCCGUGGGGGUAUCUAGACAUGAUACUACUGCAUCAUCGGUCUAUACCGAUCGUCCAGACCCCGUAUCCGCCUCCCCCAUCUCUCGUAAUAUUUCAAUCACUGAAGGCAUUCCUGAGACGGAUCAUCGCCUGCCAAAUGCGAAGGAAUCCUUUGGGCUACCCCUCGUCCACAGAACAUCUGGGUUUGAUGUGGAUCUUGGUGCACUGGCAACGCCGGUGCCGGAACCUACACCUCAGAUGUCGCAGUCAUCAGGCAAUGGAUCACCGCCAGGGACCUCUUCAAAUAACACUAUUGACGAUGCUGGCUCUGAAUCGAAGAGGCAAGGUUUGCAGCACCAGCCUACUCUUGGCUAUAGGUCAGUUGUCCAGCAGGCCUUCGAUCAAAGCGAGAACCAGUCACCCUUUUCUCCCACCUCCACAGCAGGGACUGUUGGUCGUUCAAACAGCGCCUCAACGACAGACAUUAGCCCUAUAAUGAGUCACAGGCAUGAUCCAACCCCGUCUACUUCCUCCAUCCAGACCGUACAGGCCGCAAUUCCUGAGGAGUCGGCGCAUUCAGAGUCGCGACCAACAUCAACCAAUACGCUGAAGGCUGUUGAGAUGCAGCCAGCUCAGGACGAAGUGCUUUCUCCGCCACCUCCAAUUCGUCCUGGCUAUCGACGGGACAUUACUCCCCCAAGUCGAGAUAAUAGUCCUGCAAAGAAGCCUCGUGAGGUUGGACCUCGGGAAUUUCUACAACCACAGCAUGGCUCCCUUGUGGAUGACGAGACCAGACAAUCUGUACCAGAAGAACCAGCUCGUGGCAGGGUGUUAGGUGAUAAACCACUUCCUGCAGAACUCAAACAAGAAACGGGUCCUGCAUCUACAGACCCAGCCCUGCCGAGGUCAGGUACUCCAUCACUAACUGAAGUCCACGAUCCUACAACCAGAUUAGAAUCAAGUCCCGUGAGAUCUGCUGUUACCAUUGCAACGGCGCAGCCUCCGCCAUCGAAUGACGUCCAAGGGCGCCCAUCACCCCAAAUGCGACUAGAGAGCUUUCGUCCUGCAAUUCCUGGGGGAUGGCAAUCAUAUGCCUCGUCUGCAGGCUCAGCCACUCCUGGCACAAGUACGCCUUUACAAAGUCAGAGGAAUAUCCUAUCACCUCAGCCCCCAUUUUCUCAAAGUCGAGUCGAUAGCACUGAGAGCAUACCUACUGCCCGUGCUCCUGUAAAUCUCACUUCUGAUGGAGAUGGAGUCACCCAGAAGGCUUUCGCCGCAGCCGCUUCCGCUGGAAGUGCUCUUGCUGGGGCAUUGGCUGGCCAUCGACUGGCCGAACAAGCGCAAGCCUCUGGCGAAUCAUCAUCAGAAGACAACGCAAAUGAAUGGGACGCGUCGAGUUCAUCUAGUGGGGAGGAAGCACAGCCAGCAACAUCUGACAUGGGGCCAGAGAGUCAGAGAAAUAAGCAAAUGGCCGAGCCUGGACAAGAGAGCAUAGGGAAAAGAACAAGUUCUGAGCCAGUGACCAAACCGGUCCGAAAUCCAUCUGUGUCGAGCUCAACGCCUUCAUCAACCAACAAUUCUGCCGAGGCUGGGAAGUCCCCUCAAGAUGUUGACUACAUACCGGCGCCUUUGCGCACUAGCCGACUUAUCGAUACCUCGAGCCCUCGUCCACCGAUCCCUAACGUCUCAAUGCCGCAAGACACUCCCACCGAGAGUGACAAUGAACGAUUACAACAGGAAAUUGUGAAGAGUUUAACUCCAAAAUCUUCAAAUUUGGACGGCCAAAAUGCACAAGGAAGUAGUCCAUCCGGCACGAUUCCGCGAGGGACCAUACAUCAGAACGUCGAUGAUCCUGAACCUGGACCCAAGACUUUAGCACCUCUACAUGUGAUCACACCACGACCAAUAGAGCCUACCACCUUGACCAACGAUGGAAAUUUGAGCAAUUUUGAUCAGCCACGGGCUGAAUCCACGAUGUUAUCUUCACAAACUUCGACUGCGUUUCCUCGGGGAGCGACUAUAUCGCCAAGUGUCGACACAGAUAUGGCCGGUACUAGCCAAACAGAAGCUCCGGUCGAAGAGAGAAUGGUUAUGGGCGGUAAACCAUUCCUCCAACAACGAUUUUCCUGGGAGACAGGCAGCUCACAGCCGCCCUCUGCGUCAACGCCCAAGCAAAUGAGCCCGCCUUCAGCAAGUUCUCCGGAUACGAUUACAGCCCAAGUCCCAUUGGCAUCUGGCUUAGUUGACAAACCCCAAAUGGACGUGGAGGUCGAUCAGCCUAUUGCUAGGCAAGCAACUCUGUCGUCACAUGAGCCCAUUCAAGUGGUGCAGCCCUCCAGAGUCCCUACGGCCGCUGGAGAGGUACCCCAAUCUCCACGACAACACGACGAGCCACCGACUUUCCGUACAAUUUUGAAUCUUGGUACCCCAGCAGAACGCAUCAAGGCGUUCAACGACAGUCGGCAAUACUAUGCCACGCCAGAUGAACAGCUGGGAAAUUGGCUGAUGUCAAUGAAGACGCCUGAAAACUCGGAGCUGUUUGCCACGAAUGGUCGGCUCUCACUAGACAGGGCCGAGAGCAUCAAUAUACACAAGCCAUCGCCCCGACGAAUGUUGACAGAAUCAGCUGGACACAUGCAGGAGGACGGAAAGAGGCUAAUGGCGGCCGCUGGACGAUUCGGUGGCAAAGCGGGAACUGCCGCCAAAGGUCUUUUUGCUAAAGGAAAAGAGAAGAUGCGUCACGCGAGCUCUGGUGAAAAGGGGACACUGGCCAGCCGACGAAAGUCUACCGGACCUCUUCCAGACGAGCCCGAAGACGUUGCAUCUCCUUCCCAGCCACGAGAUUCCACAUCACUUGACGGUCCACCGCAAAUUCCAUUGAGCAUCACGCCGGCCUCCCCCAUUGAUUGGUUCUCGAAUCCCGAGCUUAAGAGGUCACGGACAAGCGAUCUGGAUCAGAUUCGGCUGCCACAAACAUCCACUUCACCCACGGUUCCAGAAAGUCAAGUUGGCACACGGUCACAGUUGCAGCACGCCAAUGUGGUACCUGGCGGCGACGGCACCUCUUCCAUUACUCCUGUCGGUCCUGUGCUUGCUCCUAGUCCCGCGAUUUCGGCACUGGAUAGCGAACAAGAGCAUAACGAAGAUGAUGGACUGCCUAGCCGUUCAAUCAGCCAGUUGACCCGACCUACCGAUCAAUCACCUAUCGAAUCCCCACACCAAGCUCUUGAACGAAGCAAGAGCCACAGAGAAGACUCUACAGUUCAACCGCAGGUCGCCACCACGGAGUCUCGUGGUUUGGACCCGAAUGCUCUCGCCGCACCAAAGCCUUUCACGGAGCACCACGAAGGAUCAGCAUCUGAGGGGCACUCCAGUGAUAGGAGCCUGCAAGUGCCACAGCUGCGACGACGAUCUGUCAUCUCAGAUGUAUCCAGUGCUAGUCCCAGUCCUGGCGCUGGCGCUGAACGGCAAUAUGCCAGAAGGAGUGUGUCUCUAUCACCCGCCGACGAAGCACCAAUUGAUCCGAUAGCUGCUCCAUAUGGAGAACGGGUAACCCAGCCUGAAAAACCAUCCCAACUCAUGGCAGCUGAGGCGGCCAUAAAACAACCAUCCUUGGACACUGAGCAACGCCCAGUAGAACCUCCAGCGGCGGUUGCCCCUUCGACGGCAACGCAGGACGAGCUCCCCAAUAUGCAAGACUCGAAGCCACGUACUGGGGUGAUAGAGCCAGAUUCCGCAGGCGAACUACCAGACCAGCAGCCGGCUUCGCACCAUGAGCAAGAACGCGAACAAUAUCUGCCUGGCCAACGUCGACCCUUCUCAUUUGCUGGCAUUGAAGGUAUUGGUGCAAUCCACCAAUCAGAGCAGAUGCAGGAGCCGGAUCUCAGCAGGAUACCCUCCCAGCCACUCAGUCCCAUAAGUCAGGGCCGAAGCAGCGCAGGACUCAGCAAAGAGAUGUCACAAGUCAGCGUCGAAGAGAUUACGGAUCAGGCAAAUGCACCAGGGCAAAGGCAUUCAAGGUCAUAUUCCAGACCUUUCGCUGUUGAUCCGAACAUCGGCAACCAUCCGGCUUUGCGUGCAGCGGAGCCUGAGCAGCCACCACUGGAUCGUGCUCAGAUGUACUCUACUGAGAGUCCUUUACCUAGUGCCAGACGGCCUCAAGAAGAGCUUGAUCGUCUGCGCCAGCAAAAAGAACAGCAACAGGUUGCCAUCAUGCAACAACACCAGCCGUCGAUGGAAGAGGAAUAUCGUAUCCCUGGCCCGUACGUGCAGGAAUAUCGAUCACCAAAACAAAUCUCCGCGCCCAGGAACGGUCGAAGCAAUGUUCAAGUACUCGCGAGCGGGAAGCCACUGCCCAGUGCGCUCCGAUCUCAGCAAUAUCCCAGUCAGAUUCCUCCCCAGCCUCAUCCCGGACCGGCCUCAAACGUCUCAGUGGAAGGACCAAAUCGCCGGAGUUACCAGGAGCAGCCUUCUUACAAACCUGGCCCUGCUGCUCACAUUGAAUAUGAUACUAAGUCUGGAAACAUCCCGACCCAUCCUGCUGCUCAGUCUUUGCAGCAUCAUCGUCAGUCAAUGAAUGCAUCCCCCGCUCCAGCUGUGCAACCAGAAUCUUCACAACCAGCAUUCCCUGGCCCACAAACAGAGCGAAAGAAGAGUAUGCUUGGAAAGCUCUUCGGUGUCGGCUCCCAGUCGCGUUCGAGGCUCCACAAACAAGGGAGAGUCGGGAGUCCAAUCGACAAUACAGAAAUAAUACACAAGGAGAAGCGUGGUAGCUUCCUGCGCCGGAAUGACAGUAUGUCAUCAGAACAUAGCGGCCAACACGGCCGCCAGGACCACCUCGGACAACUUCCAUCGUCGAAUAUUCAGUCCCACUCUGCAAGGCGGCAGUCUAAGGAUGUCCUGCGAGCUCCUACACCAGAAACCGGGGAGAGGGUUCCAGAGGGUAAGAAGAAGAGGUUCUCAGGAUUUGGAGGCAACCUAUUCAAGAGCAGCAGCAACAACACACGGGCCGCAACGGCACCCACUCCUCCUUCACGGACGACCCAAGGGCAGCCCAUAACUACCCAACGUGUUAUUUCCCCCGACCCCUACUCCGCGCAGAGCCAGCGGGUUAUGUCUCCAGAUCCAUAUUCUGCACAGACUCCUUAUGGCCAGUAUCCCGCUGGACCCGGGGGCUACUUCCACCAAGGGCCCGGACAGUCACAAUACCCUCAGUCUACAUACCCAUUGGUUCCAUCUCAAUCUCAACCAUCUCAGUAUCCAAAGGCGCCCUCUCCAUAUCAACACCAGUCUGAACCCACCAGAUAUCCAUACCCGGGACAAAUUGCUCAGUCGCCUCCGCCAGGUCAGCAGCAAGCAGUGGGAUCAUAUCCAUCCACUGCGUAUCCCUACAUGAAUCCAAACCAAAGUCGGCCCUCCGAUCUUCGCAUUGAUACAAGUAGCGGAAACCGUAACCAAUAUUACGCCCCUGCUACUGCCCCAGCACAAGGCUAUUCGCGUCCGUUGUCAUUCGCUUCGGCUCCGUAUAAUCCAAAUCCAAGCCCUGGGAUGACAAACACGGCCGGACCAACCUCUGCUUCUCCUGGACAGCCUACAGGUUCAACUCAACAGGAAGCUCGUACCCAUGUCAUCGACCUCCACAAACGAUCACGCUCACCGCGACUUGGACGUCCGGCCUCUGAUGACCUAGACUCCAACCAAGAACGAGGCACUCCGAACAUUGGCGUUAACAACAUGCUGGGUACAUUCAGUUCCAAGAAGAUCAGCCCUGUGGGUGGCAUCGCGCGCCCGGACGAUGAUCAAGAACGGCCCUUUGCAAUCACGGUGCCGGGGCUCGAAGACGAAGGAAACGAGCGGCGCAAGAAGCAGCUCCUGCGGGAGCGGAUUGAGGGUGGAACAGCAAGGAGUGAGACGCCUGUCAGUGUCGAAUCCGGCAGCCAUGCUGAGCAUAUGAACACCAGCACAGGCCAGGGGCUAGAACGCAAUGUUUCCGUUCUAGAGGGAUCCCAUGUUCCCACAUCCCCACGAGAAGCCCGUCGUUCCAGUGCGAGAGACAAGAACACGCCCGGCAUAAUUGCAGAAUUACCAGGAUCAAAAGCAGAGGGGUAUGAAUCGGAAGAAGAGAUCCCAAUGAGUGCCACGGCGUACCCGGGACAGGAAUGGAUGCCGGUUUUUGUGGGCGACGAUUGAUCUUGAAGCCCGAGAGAGUUUUAAUGUCUUAAGCUACCAUGGCACAGCAAUUAUGCAGAGCAGAAAACUGAUGCCUUCAUAGAAGUUGUUCAAGUGUGUUAUUGGACGGCCGGAAUGUCGGACUAUGGACGGGCGAAAAGCCGUGAUGGAUUUUGGACUAUGGUCUUUCAUCUUGUCCGGUGUACAUAAUUUCUACCCUAUAUUUGCGUUUUGGUGAUUGAGCGGUUAGCAAGCAAGCGGCCUCUUGUGGUGUUUUAACAACUGAGUCGAACUUUUCUUCAAAGGCUUCAACGAAGAUAAUUAUCCCUUUUACGGCCUGGCAAUGUUCUGUGAGAGGUUGGAUCCAUGUAAGCGAGC